CACAGUUGGAGGUUACAGUGCAGACUUGUGAUUCUUCAUCAAUCAGUUAGAUAUGAAUAUUUUCACAUGAGCUCACACGUCCAUCCUUGCACCCAGUGAUUUGAAUUUGGCUCUCAUAGAAAUGAUGACAUUGUACCUAACUGGUCAGGUGUAACUUGUUCAAGGCUCAAACUAAAGAGCAAUUCAGAACAAACAAAAUGUAAGGAAAAAAUUUCUUUCUAAAACAUGAUUACUUUGUUGAAGUGCAGCGAUCUGGCUUUAUGAGACAGCCCUCAGGUUAUCGUUGACACCCAUGACAGUCAGCAGACUGUUAAAUUGAUGCAGUGAGGCAGACAGGGACUGCAAGAACUGUAUGAGUGAAAACAAUAAAUGCAAACACAAUAGCUGGCUCUUCAGAUCAGAGCGAGUGAGGGAAAAAUGAAAGAGAGAGAGCACUUAAAAGUUUUCUCUAUUUGGAAAACAGCGUUUCAGAGGCAUAAUCAGACAGAACCAUGCCCCCUUACUGAUCACAUCAGUUAAGGACCAACAAGCUGCUGCACCCAUUUGCUCCACAAUCAUAUCUUUUUACAACUUUUCCUGAUCCUUUGGGCUCUCUCGUUUUAUGGCACUGUCAUCUCAGAUGAUACCAUUUGUGCAAGUUGCAUUUUUCUGAUAAGUGUUGGAGUGAAUUUACUUUCACUUGAUUCAUUUUUAACCUGGAUAAAAAAUGAAGAUUCUUCUUCUUGUCGUGGUUUACUGCUUCUCAGCUGUGUGUGUCAGGACGUCAGACGUGCUGGAAGUGAGCGGCCAUGUUGGAGGAGAGGUCUCCAUCCACUGCUCUGUCGGCGGGAACAAAACCAACAACACGGAACCCAACAACAUGUACUUCUGUAAAGGAGUCUGUGCCAGGGAAAACAUCGUCGUCGAAAUGGAGAAGAAGCGGUCUGUGGCCAGCGGGGAGGGGAAGUACAGCAUGGAGGUCAAUAAAGGAUAUGGACUCUUCAAUGUGACCAUAAAGAAACUGAUGAGAAUAGACGCUGGCCAAUACUGCUGUGGAGUAGAGGGAACAUUUAAUGUGUUGCACCAGGAGAUUAAUCUCUUAGUUCUGGAUGCUCCCACUGUUCCUCCUGGAUCUCUGCCCCAUGGCAGCUUUCCACCUACCACUGAAUCAUCCCGAGCGGCAGUGCCACGAACCACUACUGACAGGACAAACAAGCGUGCCACCAACAACCUCACAGACACCACGGUGGUCAUCAUUAUUUCUGUGAGCCUGGCACUCCUGGUUUGCGCACUCAUCCCUCUUGUAUUCUAUGGAAACUGGAGGAGCAAUUCAGGUCAAAGCAGAUCUGAGGCAAACAAAGACAAGGUCGAUUACUGUGAGGAAAACGCAGAUGGCAGCGCCUCCACUAUGGGCAUGGUGAAGCUGCAGUCUUUAGAACUUUAUCCAGAGCGCAGUCCUCAGGAUCCCUCCCAGUAUGCUGCUGUCUACCAGGAACUGGAUCCCAAAACUCUGGACUGAGCAGAGCUAAUUCUGUCCCUGAGCUGACAUCUUGUCCUAUUCUUUGCGCUGUAUUUAAUCAAGUUAAGGACAAUUUGAAUAUAUUUACACUCCUCCUUUACAUGUCAGGUAUUUGGUGCAUCAUGUUCUACAUUUGUGAGAGAGCUAAUGCUCUGUGGUAUUCUUACUGUGGUACGGUGACAUCCCUGCUGCCCUGUACGUCCUCCAGAAUGUUGAAUAAACCUCAGUGGGACAAAUAAGGUGAAAA